AAUCUUAUUCCGUUUAUAUUGGUUAGUAAAGCGAAAAUUAAAUUGGUUUUUCCGCAGCCCGAAGGACCGACAAUAAGCGCUCGUAUCGUAUUGGGGAGAAGCGUUCCAUGUCUAUAGUUCUGAAUCGAUGUAGGCGGGUCCACGUUUUCAACUGCAAGUUUUAGUUUUUGUUCAAUUAAUUUCAUUUUUAUAUAUAAAUAUCUUUGUUGCAAUGAGAAUGUAAUCAGUACACAAUGUCACUCGUACGAAGAAACAACAAGAAUAAGGGAGGAGGCCUCAUCAACACGCUUAUAAACAAAUUACCACUCGAGAUUCACGUGCCCGGUUAUCAAUAUUGUGGACCGGGAACAAAUUUGAAAAAACGUUUAGCUCACGGAGAUAAAGGAAUCAACCCCUUGGACUCGGCGUGUAGAGAUCACGAUAUUGCGUACGAUCGUAGUAACUCUAUCACAGAUCGUAACGAGGCCGACUAUAUAUUAGAGCAGCGAGCCUGGGAUAGGUUCAAGGCAAAAGAUUCUAGUCUAAAAGAAAAAGCAGUGGCUUGGGGCGUGACAACGGCCAUGAAAGCAAAACGUAAAAUCGGAGCUGGAUGUGGGUUUAAAGCGGCCGUCAAAGCAGUUCAAAACGCUAUAAAUAAAAAUAUAGGUGAAAAAAAUCUGAUGAAAUUAAGUAAAAAAUGUGUAGCCGUCGCACGAAAAACAUUCAAAAAUAAAAAGACAAAAGUUCCUAGAAUAAUAACAGUUCAUUAUGAUCAUAUUCAGUAUGAUCAGAGGGAUCGGUGUUUUCAAAUCGGCUAUUAUAUCCUACUUUAA